CUGAAUUCAUGAAUACUGCAAUGUUUCAUGAUUCACGUUGGCUGACAUCGGUUGAAAUGUAUCACAAAAGUCUAUAUUGCUAUAUAUUGAUAAAACCAGAGAACACGACAUUUCUGCCAUCUGUGUAGAAAUACUAUAGUUACUAAAGCAUGGAAUCGCGCGUGUACAGAGUUGAUAACUGGUUGAAAACUGCACGGUGACAACAGGUCAGAGCUUACAAUUAUAUGUCGCAGGCAGGAAGUUAUAAGCAGUUGUGAAAAUUUCAUGAACUACCGGAGAAAUGAUGAAAGAAAUCCACAAGAUUCCUAAAGAGGGUCGACUGAAAGAAUUCUACAUCUUGUCGACCGAAUGGUAUGAGGAAAAUGUGAUUUUGACAGUUGUAGAUAACGAUAUAACUUGGACAGGAGAGACGGAUUCGGCCAAGAUUACAGAGUUUUGUGAUGCCUUGCACAAAACGAAAGAGAACUUCAUGAUAGAAUUGAAAAGUGCCUUGUCCGGUAACGAAAAAGAGUUUACAUUCUCAAUGGAAGAAGACAAUUUUAUUGUUAAAAAGGUUGAUUUGAAGUCAAAUAUCAAAGUAAAAUUUUGUAGUAUCCCAUUGAAAAGGGUACCUUCAAUCCCAGUAUUUAUGACUAUUGUAAGUGAGUUGCUUGAUCAAGACAAGAUCAGUAAGAAAAACAUGUCAGAAUUAAGCCAUGAUGUUCAGGAUCUGAAAGCUGAACUCAAAACUUGCAAAGAGAAGUUGCUGCAUUUUGCUAGUGAAAAAGCAUCAUUGGAAACCAUACUUUAUUCAAAGUUUUGUGAAAUUUUGAAUGCAAAAAAGAGAAGAAUUGCUGAUCUUGAGUCAUCAAUUGGUGAGUGUAGCAGAUCUUCACCUGAAGGCGCAUCACAUAUUAGUGAGCAUGAAAAGAUAAGCACCAGUGUAACAAUAAGACAUACAAAUACUACCAAUUCUUCUCUCCCAAAAAGGAAGUGCCUUAAAGAGGCAGUAUCUGAAGAACUAAGCCAGGAAGCUUCAAAUAUUACUAUCCCUCAAGGUGAAUCUGUACUUGACCAUGAAAAUUCUAAUCAUUAUGACAGUGAUACAGAAGUGGAAACUGAUGAUGAUAGUGUUGUCAGUAAUUCAGCUGUGAUAAAAACUUCAGAUUGUGAUGUAUCAGAGAGAACUUCCCAAAGAAUUUUGCCUAAAAGAACUUUCAGUAAUAGUAUUUUACCUAAAAGAACAUUUACCGGAAGUAUUUUACCAAAAAGAAUUUCUAAUGAAAGUGUUAAUAUUAAAAAUGAAGAAAAGACCAAUGAUCUGCCUCAGCCAAGUGUGAUGGAGAUUGAAGAAUUUAAUUCUCAGUCUCUUCUUGAUGAGUAUUAAAUAGGAAAUUAAGAGGAAAGAUGGCUUUCCUCAAUUUGUAUCAUUACAUCAGAAUUGCAAAUAAUGAUCUAAAUUUGAUAUGUUUUAAUUGAAUGAGAAAAUGUUGGUAGUUGUGUAGGUACAAAUAAAUUUAAACAAAUUAUAUUGCAUGUAGUUUUAUUCAACUACUCCAUAAUACAGUGAACAUUUCUAUUUUACAUCACUACACUUUACAGUGUUCAAAUGUAUCAGUAAAUAUUUAAAAUUUCACUUGCACACAUUUGGUUUGCUUUCUUGCCCAGUCAUUCUUGUGUUUUUUGAAUGGCAACGUAACACGAUACUGAUCUGGAGGAUAUUUGGGGAAACAUGGCUCAAUAGUUUCCCAAUGGUUAGGUAUUGGCCUUGGUCUUUGUACUAAGUUUGUUCCGUAAAAGAACUCCAUUCGAGAAAUUUUGUGGUACGCACGAUACAAAAUGAAGAAGGUCUCAGGAUCAAAAGGUGGCUCACUAAGUCUUCUGUGUUGCCGCUCUCUUGUCAUGCCUCCAAGUUUGCGAAUACCAGCUGUUAAUUGCUGUAUUCAACACCAUAAAAUUUCAUAUUAUUUU